AACUUAACGUCUAUAAAUAUGGAGCCCAAGCUCCAGGGAAGAGUCGUCAAGCACCCGACCAAGUUGAUUGGAGUUGAGGUUCUCUUGCUCUCUCUCCUCUCUAAAGUCUCUUCCGUCGCCGCCGGGGCAUAUUUCGUCUUCAGCUUGAGAGGAUGGAAACCUUCCUCUACACCUCCGAAUCUGUGAACGAGGGACAUCCGGAUAAGCUCUGCGAUCAGAUCUCCGAUGCAGUACUCGAUGCCUGCCUCGAGCAAGACCCCGACAGCAAAGUCGCCUGUGAGACCUGCACUAAGACUAACAUGGUCAUGGUCUUCGGCGAGAUCACAACCAAAGCCAAGGUGGACUACGAGAAGAUCGUGCGCGACACUUGCCGCAACAUCGGCUUUGUUUCCGAUGAUGUUGGUCUUGAUGCCGAUAACUGCAAGGUUCUGGUCUUCAUCGAGCAGCAGAGCCCUGACAUUGCCCAGGGUGUCCACGGCCAUCUCACCAAGCGCCCUGAGGACAUCGGCGCCGGCGACCAGGGGCACAUGUUUGGCUACGCCACCGAUGAAACUCCCGAGCUGAUGCCCCUCAGCCACGUCCUCGCCACCAAGCUCGGCGCCCGCCUCACUGAAGUCCGCAAGAAUGGGACUUGCCCCUGGCUGAGACCCGACGGCAAAACCCAAGUCACCGUCGAGUACCACAACGACAAUGGCGCCAUGGUCCCUGUUCGUGUCCACACCGUUCUCAUCUCCACCCAGCACGAUGAAACUGUUACAAAUGAUGAAAUUGCUGCUGAUCUCAAAGAGCACGUCAUCAAGCCCGUCGUCCCUGAGAAGUACCUUGACGAGAAGACCAUUUUCCACCUUAACCCCUCUGGCCGAUUCGUCAUCGGUGGACCACACGGUGACGCUGGUCUCACCGGCCGUAAAAUCAUCAUUGAUACUUACGGUGGAUGGGGAGCUCACGGCGGUGGCGCCUUCUCUGGCAAGGAUCCCACCAAGGUGGACAGGAGCGGCGCCUAUAUUGUCAGGCAGGCCGCCAAGAGCAUUGUCGCCAACGGGCUUGCUCGCCGGUGCAUUGUGCAGGUAUCGUACGCCAUUGGUGUGCCUGAGCCAUUGUCGGUAUUCGUGGAUACCUACGGGACAGGGAAGAUUCCGGACAAGGAGAUUCUGAAGAUCGUGAAGGAGAGCUUUGACUUCAGGCCGGGAAUGAUUUCGAUCAACCUGGAUCUGAAGAGGGGCGGCAAUGGCAGGUUCUUGAAGACUGCUGCCUACGGCCACUUUGGAAGAGAUGAUCCCGACUUCACGUGGGAAGUGGUGAAGCCCCUUAAAUGGGAGAAGCCCCAGGAUUGAUUGAUUGAUUCAUUCCUGCAAUUCAAAUGCAUUAUCUUCUUCUCUGCUCCGUCCGCCGCCGCCGCCGCUCCUCCUCCUCCUCCUUUGACCUCUAAGAGCUUGCCUAUUGUUUGCUUGUUACUCUCAUUUUACCUUUACUUCCUUUCUUUUCUUUCCCGUUUUCCUUUUGUUUCUUUGUAUUUUGGUCUGUUUUUCGCCAUAUAAAAAUAUAAGGCUUAUCUA